CUUUGAAUAUUGUAAUUAAUGUACACAACAGUAUUUACGUGUUGUCUAGGUAUCAAUGGUGAGGAUUCAUAUUGUUUUCUUGUGGGUUAUUACGCCAGGAAGUAUGGUAGGUGUUUUGGGGCAAAAUACUUCCUCUUUAUAGUGUAACAUGUAAGCAGGAUGUUGGUAACCACAAAGCAGACUGCAUGGUGUGGUAAUGCAAGAGAACAUAAUAUAAACAUAAUGACUUGCAUAAGUGUGGCACUAAUUCUAAGUUGUUUAGACAUAUAUGUGCACCACCAUCAUUUGUAUUCCCAGUACAUCUUCAGUACUGUGUUUGUGCAGAACUUUUCUUCGUGUGGCCAUCCAUUUCACAUUGAAUUUACAAAGCAACUCAGCUUCUCAGAGGUCUCAAUCCAUGUCCUACAAACAAGUCAUUUCUGCUGCUGAACGUAACAAGGAACCCAUUCUUCAAGUCCUAAAGAAUUUCUUAUCACCUUACAUUCAGGCCACUAGUAAAGAGGACUGCAUUUAUCACUGUCUUGAAAUUUCAUCUGGAACUGGUCAGCAUGUGGCAUACUUUGCACCACACUUUCCAUCUGUGGUGUGGCAGCCAUCGGAUGUGGAUAUGUCUUCAUUUUGCAGUAUCUCUGCAUAUAUACAGGAUGCACAGGUCUCAAAUAUUAAGCAGCCUAUAUAUAUAGAUGUAUCUGAUGAAUAUACCAAAUGGGGAGGAGGUGGUGUGAUAGGAAAGCAUUCAAUGGACUUCAUCUUAAACAUCAACCUUCUUCACAUUUCUCCAUUUAGAUGCACUGAAGGUCUGUUUCACAACACUGGUCAAGUUCUCAAACAUGGUGGCCUACUUAUCACAUAUGGCCCAUAUGCAUUCCAUGGGAAGAUUUCACCAGCGUCAAAUGUCCGUUUUAAUUCAAUGUUGCAAUCCCAGAAUCCUGAAUGGGGUUUACGGGAUAUAGAUCAAUUGGCAACAUUGGCGGCUUCUGCUGGUAUACAUUUGCUUGAAGUUGUUCCAUUGCCAUCUAAUAACCACUGUCUCAUCUGGAAGAAGGAAUAAAAUGGAACAACAAAUGGAGAAUUUUAAGGCUACAGUAUGUUUCAUGUUCCUAAAAAAAAGACAUUCUUACUGGCUGCCACAGAUGUCAGCAGUAUUCCUACAACAUCUGUGCUUUUAAAGAAAUACCUUUUUCACUUCAGAUUGCACAGCUAUCAGUUGGAAUAGAUUUAUUUUUAAAUUUAUUAUUAAUAGUAUUAUUUAUUUAUUUAUUUAUUUAUUUCUGAUAUAGAGCCACCUUUUUACAUAAUAAAGUAUUUAGAGAACAUGGAACAGAGUACAGUGCAUUCUCAGAUCAAUGGAGUGAUGAUCAUAUGUACGUGCUGUUGGCUGCUCUUACCUCAGAAAGUGCUCCUCUUAUCCACUGGAGAAACUGAAUGAACUUCAGAGCUGUUCUAGAGAUUAUAGAGAUGAGAAACUGUCCUUACUGGGAAACAAACUUGUCUCUUAACCAGUAUUUUACUGGGAAUCAAACUUGUCUCAUAACCAGUAUUUUAUGGCUGCUCUACUAAUGGAAUUGCCAUGUUUCUGUUGUGAAUGAUGUUACAAUUUCUGCCUCUGCCACCACACACCACUGUCUGCUACUGCUGCUGAUGCUAUUGCUGUUGUUAUUGUCAUCAGCGUUAUUCACAUCACAAAUAAUUACUCUCAGUAUUAAUAAAACUGAAAGACAGUUUCCUAAAGACUGAAUUAAAGUGAAGCUACAAACUGAACUUUUAACUUAACUAAAUGUAUAACUAUUUUCUCAUGAAGAACCUACCCAAUAAAGAAAAGUGUAUGUUGUUCCAGCCUAUCUUUCCUCUCGGGAAGCUUCUCACUUAUCUUUAGUCAGUAUCAUAGGGUUACUCCUCUAAAUCAGUUGGUAAUACUCAGAUCUCAAGGGUAUAUAUCAAACAGGAGUGGUGUUCAUUUGUUACUUAAGAGAGGCAAGGUGGCAGGAGUGAUGGUCAAGUCAGGGUGUAGUACCAUAACAGAAUUAGUAAGAUAUGGGUGGGAAUUCUGAAGGAUUUAUUCAUUUUUGAAUAAUUUGAUUUGUAUCAGUUAGAGAUAUACUCUAAUUUCCUAAUGACAUGUAAUGGUGCUGGUGGCAGUAUGAAUAGUAGUUGUGUAGACCUUCACAAGGAAUUCUAAACUCUGUCUUAGAACUUUGAGUCUAAAAGACAGUUACGGUUGCUCACAAAAUCACUCUGCAUUAUUAGUAUUCUUAUAAGUGAAUUGUUUUAAAGUCAUGUCAACAGCUAUGGCUCUUUGUGUCUAGUAUUAUUAUAUAUGCAUAUUGUAUACAUUGGUUUGUUACUAUUUUCUUGUAUUGCAAUAAAGACAUAUUAAUAAUAGUUGCUGUUGUGUCUUGGCUUUCUUAAUAAACCUAAACAGUUUUUUCAGCCAUUGUGUGUUGUAAUGGAGUUACAGUUCUUGAAAAUGUAUUAUUCCACACUAAACUUGGUCUGUAUUGUUUAAACAAUAUUGCAUACAAUUUAUUCAUCAUUAUAGCAUGCCAUUGUUCUGAAUAAAUCUCAGUUAUUUAGUUCAGUGGUCUAGUGGUAAACAUGAAUAUGUACUUUGUUGGUUAUUAGGUUCUCACAGUGGUCACUGAAAGAAUAGUGUCACGUUUUGGGUGUAUAACACGACAAAUAACUUCACGCCGUAUUUGGUAUGGCAAAUUUUAUUUCACAU